ACAAGGUUUGCAGGCCAAAAAUGACAAAAUUAGGAUUAUUUCAGCUUUCUCUGGUGUUGACUAUGAAGAGCAAGAAAGUAUAUAUGAGGAGAGAGAGGGGAAAAUAACACAAGAGUUUCUAGAAAGCAGUAACAUAAAGGAAGCAGAAGUAAAAGAAAUUAGAGCUCUUUCAAAAACUGAUAAAUAUUGCAACCAACAAGAACAACUGAAGUACAAGAAUUGGAAAAAGAUACCACCUCAGGGUCAAGAAACUGAAUAUUCUGCUGCCUUUAAUUUUGACCAUAAGUUUGAAACAUCUGUGUUCUCCAGAUAUCCUCAGAAAUAUGAUACAAUAGAUAGAAGGAAAAACAAGCUGUUAUACCAUCAUUUUGGAGACCAUGAAAGAAGACAGUAUGGUGAUAGAUCAGGAACUAAGACUGACUUGGAAAGUACAUAUCCUAACACUGAAAAGUGUAACAUUUGCCACAUUGAAAAAAAGAAACAAAAUUAUCCAAUUUUGUGCCCUUAUAAAAAUGCUUUUGUGGUUAAGAGUGGCACGUGGACCACUAAGUUGCAAAAUCAUGAUUAUGAUCUUUCUGAUUGUUUUAAGAACUGUGAAAAGUCAUCUGGCUUAAACCAGCAUGUCACUAAUUUCACUCCAUUAGAUAUUCUUGAAGAUUCUACUAGCAGUACUUCUGAUGAACUUCUGAGUUCUCCUCUUACUGAUAUACAGGAAGGUUUACUGUCACCAACAAGUCCUCCAUCCAAUGUCCAUCAUAUUGGAGGCUUACCUGAAGAAUAUCAUGUAACAUGUCCAGUAUUCUCAUUACCAAAGGUGAAUUGUGAUGCAAAAACACUUGGAGAUCUGUCUGGGUGCCCCAUGGAAGAGAUGACCCCUUCCUCUCUUGAGGAACCCAAGAAGGACUGUGUUGAUACAAUGGAUGAGCUUCAGUGUUUGGUAGAAACAGUAUCAGAAUAUUUAGCAGAGAAGGAAGAAGAGAUUAAUAGAUUUGGUUCCCUUUCAAAAACUAAAAAGUCACUUAAACACAACAGUACUGUUGAUAAUGAGGAACAGAAAAUGCCUGGGGAUCAAAUGCCACCUUCAAACAUUGUCAAGAAUGACAAGGAUAAGGCCAUCUCUUUCCCUGAGCUGAAUGGAGUGAAAUGUGCUGUUGGUUUUUUGUUCAGUUCACUCACAGAAAAAGUGGGUUCGGGCACAAAGCAUCUAACAAGCUCUGUGGAAAAGCUGGUUUCUUUAGUUCCAGAGAAAACAGAAACUCUUAAUCAAAUAGAGACAGUUAAUUCAGGAUCUAAACCCAGAGCCGAGUCAGUAUUGGGGAAGGAUCUUUCCAUGCAAUCUCCAUUAUCCUCUCAAGCAGUUGAUAAUAAGGAUUUUGGCAGAAAUGACAAAACCUCUGAAAAUGAGCACACAGGUAGUAAAACUGGAAAUAUAAGCUUUCAGGAUGUAACAGAGACUGUUGGAAGGGACUCCGCCCCACAGAGUCAGAGUUCAGUUAUAAAGUCUGUUUUUAGCAUGCUAAAUCCAUUAAAGAUCUUUUCGGAAAAGGAUGAAACCAAAAAAGAUGAUGGCCAGAACAAGCCAAUGAGAAAGGAAAACUUUUUUGAGUGUGGAUCAGAGUCAAAUCAAAGGGAAGACACUCUUGGCAAUAACAGUAGUAUUAUCACUCUCGGUAGGAAUGAUGGAGAAAAUACAAGCUCAACCCAAAUGCCCACAAGUGAGGAUUUGUUGUUGUCUUCCCCAGCGGCCAAUGAACCUUCAAACUUAGGCGGUUCUGCAAAUAAAAAUGUUGAUAUUGAGAGUCUCUUGGAAAUAAAACCCUGUAUAGAUCUGUCUCUAUUACCAGAUCAACCAAAAAUAUGUGCUAAAGACACUCGAGGACAACCUUGUAUAACUGGAAGUACAACUGCAAAUAAAGAGUCUUCUUCAAAGCCAUUAGAGGGGGACAAAGUUACUAGUGAUGAUGAUUUUCUUGAGCCACUCAGAAAAUCAUUUAGCCAGUUUUUGCUCAAUUCACCUGAGACCUGUUCAAAGGAAACUUUGUCAGAAUCUAUGAAAAUUCACCAGUCGGAGGAGGAUGGGUGGGAGAGGGACCCUAAGAAAGAUGGACAUUCCUUUUCCUUUAGUGGAAAAUUACAUAUUCCAUUUUUCAGAGUUCUUAGUCAUUCUGAAAAGCAGGAUUUAGGAGAGAAAGGAAGCAUUUUUCCUUCAUUUAAAUUUCCUUUCACUGACAGCCAUAACACUGUCACUGACCAGAGAUUUCCUGAUUCAGCAGUAACCAUUGAUGAAGAGAUCCAAAGAAACUGCCAUGAAAAUGCCAAACUUGGUUUAAUAAAAUCUAGUUCAGUUCCAAAUAUUCAUAAUAAUUUAGGGAAAUUUGAUGAUACAGAAACAUUUAAUAAAAACGACCAGAUAAAUUUUCCUGAAGAUGACACACUUAAUAAAAUAAAGACUAAUUCAGUUCCAAUUAUUAGUAAUGAUCUUGGGGAAUUUGGGAACAUAGAGAAAUUAAAUUCAAGUGACCACGCAGCAGUAGAUAACUGUCACAGAGAUACCUCAGCCUUCCUUGGAAUUGUGUCCAAAGAAUAUAUUCCUUCAGAUUCUUCAGAAGAAAGUAAAACUCUUACACAAAUGACAUCUUUAACAGUAUCAGACUGUUCAUUAGCAUCUACUACCAUUUCAGAAUCCACCUUGGUUAAUGAAAUUAAUGAAGAUAGACUUGUAGAUAAAGCUUCCAAGACAAGAACCCAAGGAGGCCUCCUUUCUGGUCUGUUUAACAGGUUUUCUUCUCUUGAAAAUUUGUCUAGUCAACAAGAAUUAAAUUUGAAGAGUGAUGAUUCUCAUCAUAAGAAUAAUACCCCAGGCUUACUCUCUGGAAUAUUUAACCUGAUAUCCAAUAACAGUGUGACUGUUCAUAAACCAGAUGAAGCAAGGUCCAUGUCUUUAGGCAACAUAAAAAGUUUGAAUGGAAAUAAACAUUUAUCUUUGGAUGAGAUCCCUGUUACUUCAUGUGUGACUUCUGGAAACCAGAAGAACCAUGUUGAAAAAGAAGAAACAUCUGGCUUUAUAAAAAGCUUUGUAUCUUUACCUAAAGAAAAUAUACCAUUAUGUGAUGCUUGGGUUGAUAGUCAUCAUUGCCCUCCCACAUGGAAGAAACAGCAAAAGGAAAACAAUUGCCCCUCUUCUGAGAACAGGGUAUUUCACUGUGCUCCAAGCACUCAGCGGGGCCUCUUAGAGGAAUCUCUGGCUGAGAGGCUGACACCACACCAUGUUCUUAAGGCGAAAAUACAUGAAAAUUCAAACAAGUUAAAUCCAUCUAUAUUAAAUACUAACAUUCUUAAUAUAUCAAACCACUAUCAGGCUUUUGAAGAGAUGAAUAAUACUUUCUGUUAUGAGUGGGACUCUGAUAUAAAAGAUUUCUCCAAAAAUUCCAGAAAACUUCAGCCAGUUUAUUAUAUGUUAAAUCAAAAUACAUUCCUAUCAGGUGAUGUUUUCUUGUGGCCUGACUCAGAAAAUUCGGCAAUAAAUUUUUGCCAAAAGGAUCAAAAUGCAAAUGUCUUGGAGUGGAAAACAAAUCCAAACAGUGUCAUUUGGCGUGACUUACCAUAUGAAUCAUUGGAGCAGUUAGCAUUUAAUGAAGAUAACUUAUUAAGUGAUAUGUGGGCAGCUCACUCAUUAUAUGGAAAUUCUUGUUUUCCAAUUAAUGAGACGAAGAAUUCACUAGAAGAAUUACCCAUUGACUUAAGUUGUUCUUCAGGUUAUGAGAAGACUACAUGUUCCAUAGUUGAUCAAGAAUUAUUAAGAAUGGAUGAAAACUUUGUUUUUUCAAGUGUUGGUUAUGAAUACCAAGAAUGGUUGGCAUGUCUUGAAAGUGGAGUGUGGUGGCCAUCAGAAGAUGGAGAUUAUGGAUAUUUUAUGUUCCAUGAUGGUCAGUAUAUGUAUUAUCUCCUCACUGAUUCUACUGGGCAGUAUGCAUAUUUAUUUAUACCUGAUUGUUCUUAUCAAGAGUAUUUGAAUUGUGGUUUACAGACAAAUGAUCUAUCAAGUAUUAUGUUGGAUGACAGCAUUAUUUCUGCCUAUGGUUUUAAGGAAGAUGAAUUAUUCUGGUGUGUUGAAGAGGAACCAAUUGAUGACCCUCUUGAUUUAUCUGUAGUUUUGCCAAGAAGUGAGGGACCAGUGUAUCUAAAUUUAGGAACCUUUUCACAAGUAUUUGAAGAGUCAGGUUGUGGCCAAAAGGAUCAACCAUUAGAUUUUUCAGGCUAUAAUCUUAAGAAGUUUAAAGGAAAUUUUGGAUCUUUUGAAGAAAGGGUAUGUGGUUCUGAAGACUUUGAAUAUAUAUUGGAUCUCAGGAAUCAGCCCCAAACUAUUGGAAAUCACGACUUAAAUAAAAGUCAUUUUAUAGAAGGAGAUAAGAACCAGUCUCCAGCAAAGGAUUCAUUAGUUUACCCUUCUCGUUUACAUUGGGUUCAGUCUUCUGAAGAGGCUACCUCUUUGGUUCAUCCUGAAAAUAUGACUAAUAGUCCACAGCAAACAGGAGAAAUGUCAUCAUUGAACAAAGUGACUUCAUUAUUUUCUGCUUUAGUUGGAAAUACUUUGUAUUUUGUUGAGAAUGAAUCCUUAGAGUCUUUGGUCAUGAAGAAAAUGGAUCAGCAGUCAGACUUGGCAGAGCUCACAAAUAAUGGUCUUCAGUCAUUAAUCUUGAAUAAACAAUUAGAGAGUAAUUCCCAAGAUAAAGAAGAAAGUCUUCUCAAGAAGGAUUUAGAAAAACAAAUAGUAUCCAAUGUGCAGCAACCAGAAUUUAUUAAAAGUAUGAAGCAAGAAUUCCCUUUAAAUAAAAGUUUUCAGGUAAAAAAACAAAGUUUGUUAAAAUCUGUUAUCCAGGUAAGCCAAACAACUCCUCAGGCUAAAUCAGAUAUAGAAGAUAAUGAAAUAAUUACAGUUGACUCUAUUUCAGUUCCUCUUGCAUCACAGUUUAGUAGGGAUGAACCCAAGAACUGUGAGAUUCCUCAGGACCAGUUUUCCAAAGAGUCUGAGAGAACAUUAUUUAAAAGUGCAUUGAAACUCUUUGGUCGGGGAGAAGACUCUUUAGUAAGUACAGUAUCAAAUGGAAAACAGGCAUCUGGAUUUUUGAACCUCUUUAAAACCCAGGUGAAUAAAGAAGGACCACCAAAUUUAGAAAAGAAUGGUGAUAAAAAUAGAAAGAUACCUUCUCAGCAAAAGAAUGAAUCUCCUGGUGUUUCUAAUUUUUUUGGUACCCUUGGGGAUUUAUUUAAAACCAAUGCAUCUUCUAUACAGACAACUGAAAAUAUGUCUGUUUCUUCAUCGGUUAAUAAGGAUGAAGUCAAAUCAAGUCCUAAUCCUGCACAGCUAAUUAUCCAGGAUGUUGGGAACUUUUCUGCUACACCAGUUGCCUCUAAAAGGAAGGUUCGAGUUAGGAGUCUGAACAAGCAGAUUACUAUUGAUGACAGUGGGCUAAAAGAACCAUCGACUAGGGAUAUACAGAGUAAUAAUUUGACUGAGGAAGAGGUACAUUCCAGAGACUACCUAAUCCAGCAAUCACCAAGUCAGUCUUUCUCAGCAAAUUGUCUUGAAGAGUCUUCCAGAGAUUCUUCAAUAAAAACUAGUGGUGUGUCUACAGUGAUAGAAGUUUCAAGAAGUAAUGAAUUAUCUUUUGAUAUUCUCAGCCCAAGAAAUUCAAAGGAACAAGAUCAUUUUUCCAACCAACAGUGGAGUUAUUCAACUCCCACAACCUCUCCCUCUCAACCAGAGUUGCCCACCAGAAAGAGUGUAUUUUCUUUCCUGACUGGAUCUGAAAAAUCUGAGAACAGAGCCUCUGCUCCUCUACUGAGAACCAAAUCUCAAGCAGAAGGGCUGUUUACACUUCCUUCCUUUUUUUCCACUACUAACUCAAGCAGCAAGAAGGAUGCCUCUCGUAAUAGCUCUUUUAGUUUCUUCAACUUAUCAUUUUCGGAUGGAAAGCAGCAGACUUCUGGGGAAAAACACAGCCUUUCAACUGUUGCUCCAGUGACUUCCCAGCCCUGUAAGAAGCCAAGUGUUUUUGUAGACAUGGGUGGCACAAGAACUGGAGAAGGUUCCAGUGGCAAUAGAGAUAGUAUAGUCCAGGAGGUGGUUCAUGAACAGCAAAUGGCUCCUUGUGUUUCCAUUAGCAACACCAUCGGGGUUACUUCCCUUACAGAUGUGCUCAAUGUAGAGAAGGACUAUCAGGGAAAACUAGAUUCUAGGAACGGACUAGGGACAUCUUUAGCAGAUUUCCAGAUGAAUCAGUUGCAAAAUGACAUUGUUCCUCAUUCACCAGAAUUUCAGGCACAGACUGAAACACUGCUCAUUGGUCCAGAGACCCUUGGGGUAGCUCCUUGUGAAGAAGAACCUUUCAUACAGGAAGCCUUCCCUAGUGGCUCAUUGGCCAAGUCUUUUCCACAUGAUAACCGUUUGACUGAAAAGCUCAACAAUUCAGACACUUGUACUAACCACCACCAAAAUGAAAGAUUUACUGGUGACCUCUUAAACUUGCCAUUGGAAAAGGCCCCUGAUGAGGUCUUAACACAGAUCCCGGAGCCAGCCUCUUCCUCUGUGGAGCCAGGGUGUACAAGGCACCUCCAGAGUAGAGAGGCAGAUAAAGAGGAAGACAAAUCAAUGUUGGGCUCCUCAGUAGAAGUGCUUUCAGGGUUUGUGACAAAAGUGAAAUCUUUCUCUGGGUGCUUAAUUGAACCUCCCAAAACUUUCUCUGGACUUUUCUCCUCUCCUAAGCCACCAAAGAAAAACUCCUUUUUCUCUCUUUCUUCUGGUGCAUCAUCUCAGUCCCUCAAAGGUGAGUUAUUUGGAAUUUUUAAAAGUCCCAAACCAGACACAUACAAACAAGAAUCACCUAUCCCACCUACUGUAUGGCCUCAAAAUGGUAGUUGCGGAGAUACUGUAGGAUCAGUACCUCCAGAAAAUCUGUGGAGAGAAGCUUCCUCUUCAGCACUCAAUUCAGAAUCUACUCUCAGUGACUGUACAAUGACUGUAGUUAGUGCAAAGUCAGACUCAGAGACCCUGACAGAUGAUACUAAACCAACAACUGAAAUGGAAAACAAUAAUAUCCCUGACAAUAUUCUAGAACCCCAAGAUUCUGAAAUAAUUGGGGCUGCACCUUCUGUUUCAGGGGACGAUGCUGGGCAAGGAGUAUUGUCUCUGAGUGAUGAAGGAGACAUGGGGUUGUUGCAGGGCACAGACACAGAGGCAUCAUUGGAAGCAGAGCAUAUCCCAUUGCCAUCACAUUUGGAUUCAGAUCCUACCUGUAUUGCCAAAGAGCUUCCUCCUCCGGUUCCGCCACCUAUUCCUCUUAAGGCAAAGCCAGCUAUGCAGUCUGCCUCCACAAACCAAGACUUCUUGGAACUACAGGCAGCCAGUUCACUGGAAACCAGUACUGCACUGUUCAGUGAGGCAAGUGUUGGCCAGAGUGCCACACCAGAAACCCAAGGAUACCUUUCCCACCCUAUGCUAGAGGAACCUGCUCUUUCUGCCAAAGAAAGUUAUGGGAUACUCGAUACCCAGAAAGAUCUACCUGCAGUCCUCCAGGAAACAGAGCAGCCAAGACCUCAUUUUGAGAUCCCAAACAUGACCAAUUGGCCAAAAUUCCAUUUCCCAUCCUCUGCCACUGACUGUGGGAAACCACUGAGCUCUUUCUUUUCCCCAUCUCCUUCCUCUGGCGAUAGAGCAGCAGAGCCUGGUUUAAUGGCCAGUUUUAAAAAGUUGUCAACUCUAUUUGAGGGAGGUAAUGAGGGGAAAGGGAAUAUAAUUGCAAAUGAUCUAAAACUAAGGUUUGGAAAGAAGUUGGAUCUUUCAUUCACAUGGCCAAAAGAGAACAAAGGGGGCCCUGAACAAACGCCUGCAGAAUCCUCUUCUCCAGCUUUGGUUAUCAGCAGUGAUCAGGACCUUAACGCUAGGGAGGUUGACAAAGCUUUAGAGUCUUCUCAAAUGUCUGAGGCUAAUGCUGAGCCAGCUACUCAACCCUCUGGGACCUCUGAGCAGCAGGAGACCAGGCCAAGUAUAUGUGCUCAUGAGUUUUCAGGGCCUGGAGAAAUGGAAAACCAGCAGGAAGUCUCAGCAUCAGGAGAACACUGGGGUUCCAAAGACAACCUUUCUAGCUCCACCUAUCCUUCAGGGAGUCAUAAGGAAGAACACUGCACUGUUACUGAGCUACUUCACCAGCCAGAAACUCAAAAGGAGGAGGUGAUGCCUGCUAGUACUGACUCUCUUUCAAACGUACAGCAGCCAGUUACUCUCCAUGGCAUCAAGGAACCAAAGACCGACAAAAGCCCCACCAGCAGUAGUAGGUAUGGCUCCUCCUGUAAUGUGAGUCAAGGAAGCUCUCAGUUGAGUGAACUAGACCAGUGUCACGAACAAGAUGAUGACCGUCGGGAGAGGGACUCCAUUAAUUCGUGCCACAGCUCUGAUAGCUUCUCUAGAGAUGGCCAUGUGGGUUUUGGAGAACAAGAGAAAGCCUUGGAGGUGACAGGUGAAGAAGAGAAGGGGAGAGCCUGUGAACCCAAGGAGAGGAAAGAAGAUGCCACAAUCCAUCCUCCCCCAGAUCUGGUGCUACACAAAGACCACAUCCUAGGCCCCCAGGAGAGUUUUCCUGAGGAAAAUGCUUCUUCGCCAUUUACCCAAGCCAGAGCACACUGGAUCCGAGCAGUUACCAAGGUCCGACUCCGGCUGCAGGAGAUUCCAGAUGAUGGUCACCCCUCUUUGCCCCAGUGGCUCCCGGAAGGGCCAGCUGGAGGGCUCUAUGGCAUUGACAGCAUGCCAGAUCUACGCAGAAAGAAGCCACUGCCGCUUGUCAGUGAUCUGUCAUUGGUCCAGUCCCGGAAGGCAGGGAUUUCUUCUGCAAUGGCUACACGCACCUCUCUCAAGGAUGAAGAGCUGAAAUCCCAUGUGUAUAAGAAAACCCUGCAGGCCUUAAUCUACCCCAUCUCGUGCACCACACCUCACAACUUUGAGGUCUGGACGGCCACUACCCCGACCUACUGCUAUGAAUGUGAAGGUCUGCUCUGGGGCAUUGCCCGGCAGGGCAUGCGCUGCAGUGAGUGUGGAGUCAAGUGCCAUGAGAAGUGCCAGGACCUGCUCAACGCCGACUGCCUGCAGCGGGCUGCAGAAAAAAGUUCUAAACAUGGAGCUGAGGACCGGACCCAGAACAUAAUCAUGGCCAUGAAGGACCGCAUGAAGAUCCGAGAGCGGAAUAAGCCAGAGAUCUUUGAGGUUAUCCGAGAUGUCUUUACUGUGAGCAAAGUUGCCCAUGUGCAACAGAUGAAAACAGUGAAGCAGAGUGUACUGGAUGGCACCUCCAAAUGGUCGGCCAAAAUUACCAUCACUGUGGUGUGUGCCCAGGGCCUACAAGCCAAGGACAAGACAGGAUCCAGUGACCCUUACGUGACUGUGCAAGUGGGCAAAACCAAGAAGCGUACCAAGACUAUUUUUGGGAACCUGAAUCCUGUUUGGGAAGAGAAGUUCCAUUUUGAAUGCCACAACUCUUCUGACCGCAUCAAGGUACGUGUAUGGGAUGAGGAUGAUGACAUCAAGUCGAGAGUAAAGCAGCGGCUAAAGCGUGAGUCUGAUGAUUUCCUUGGCCAAACCAUUAUUGAGGUUCGGACACUGAGUGGCGAGAUGGACGUCUGGUACAACUUGGAGAAGAGGACAGAUAAAUCAGCCGUCUCAGGGGCUAUCCGACUACAAAUCAGUGUGGAGAUCAAGGGGGAGGAGAAGGUAGCACCAUAUCAUGUGCAGUAUACGUGUCUCCAUGAGAACCUUUUCCAUUACCUCACAGACAUUCAGGGUAGUGGAGGAGUCCUGAUCCCUGAGGCUCGAGGAGAUGAUGCAUGGAAGGUGUACUUUGAUGAGACUGCCCAAGAAAUCGUGGAUGAAUUUGCCAUGCGCUAUGGCAUCGAGUCCAUAUAUCAGGCCAUGACGCACUUUGCAUGUUUGUCAUCCAAGUACAUGUGUCCUGGUGUGCCAGCAGUGAUGAGCACCUUACUGGCCAAUAUCAAUGCCUACUAUGCCCACACAACUGCCUCCACCAAUGUCUCUGCAUCUGAUCGCUUUGCAGCCUCCAACUUUGGGAAAGAGAGAUUUGUAAAACUACUGGACCAGCUGCACAACUCACUGAGGAUUGACCUCUCUACCUACAGGAAUAAUUUUCCUGCUGGAAGUCCUGAGCGGCUUCAGGACUUGAAGUCAACAGUGGAUUUGCUGACCAGCAUUACUUUCUUCAGAAUGAAGGUGCAAGAACUGCAGAGCCCUCCAAGAGCCAGCCAGGUGGUAAAGGAUUGUGUGAAGGCCUGUUUGAACUCCACAUAUGAAUAUAUCUUCAACAACUGCCAUGACUUGUACAGUCGCCAGUACCAGCUGAAACAGGAACUACCUCCAGAGGAACAAGGACCCAGCAUUCGGAACCUGGAUUUUUGGCCCAAACUCAUCACACUCAUUGUGUCAAUCAUAGAGGAAGAUAAGAAUUCCUACACACUCGUUCUGAACCAGUUUCCUCAGGAGUUGAAUGUGGGAAAAGUCAGCGCAGAAGUGAUGUGGCAGCUCUUUGCCCAAGACAUGAAAUAUGCUCUGGAGGAGCAUGAGAAAGACCGGCUGUGUAAGAGUGCUGACUACAUGAACCUACACUUCAAGGUGAAGUGGCUCCACAAUGAAUAUGUGCGAGAUCUGCCUGCCCUCCAGGGGCAGGUGCCUGAGUACCCAGUGUGGUUUGAGCAGUUCGUCCUGCAGUGGCUGAAUGAAAAUGAGGAUGUGUCCCUGGAAUUCCUGCGUGGGGCCCUGGAACGAGAUAAGAAGGAUGGGUUCCAGCAGACAUCAGAACAUGCACUCUUUUCCUGCUCUGUGGUGGAUGUCUUCACACAGCUCAACCAGAGCUUUGAGAUCAUCCGGAAGCUGGAAUGCCCAGACCCCAACAUCCUUGCCCACUACAUGAGGAGAUUUGCUAAGACUAUCGGGAAGGUGCUGAUGCAGUAUGCAAACAUCUUAUCAAAGAGCUUCCCAGAUUACUGCACAAAGGAGAAAAUGCCCUGCAUCCUGAUGAACAACACGCAGCAACUGAGGGUCCAGCUGGAGAAAAUGUUUGAGGCCAUGGGAGGCAAGGAGUUGGACCCUGAAGCUGCAGACAGUUUGAAGGAGCUGCAGGUGAAACUGAAUACAGUUCUGGAUGAGCUCAGCAUGGUAUUUGGAAACAGUUUUCAGGUGCGGAUUGAUGAGUGUGUUCGACAAAUGGCUGACAUCCUGGGCCAGGUGCGGGGCCCAGGGAAUGCAUCCCCCAACGCCAGGGCCUCGGUGGCUCAGGAUGCAGAUAGUGUGCUCCGGCCUCUCAUGGACUUCCUGGAUGGCAACCUCACACUCUUUGCCACUGUGUGUGAGAAGACAGUCCUGAAGCGUGUACUGAAGGAGCUCUGGCGAGUGGUAAUGAACACAAUGGAAAGGAUGAUUGUUCUACCCCCACUCACUGACCAGACGGGCACCCAGCUGAUCUUCACUGCUGCCAAGGAGCUGAGCCAUCUUUCCAAACUCAAGGACCACAUGGUACGAGAGGAAACCCGGAGUCUCACUCCAAAGCAGUGUGCCAUCCUUGACCUUGCUCUGGACACCAUCAAGCAAUACUUUCAUGCUGGAGGUAAUGGGCUGAAGAAAACCUUCCUGGAGAAGAGCCCAGAUCUGCAGUCCCUACGCUAUGCCCUAUCUCUGUACACACAGACCACAGACACACUCAUCAAAACCUUUGUGCGCUCACAGACUGCCCAGGGGUCUGGUGUGGAUGAUCCUGUGGGAGAAGUCUCUAUUCAGGUGGACUUGUUUACACAUCCUGGAACUGGGGAGCACAAGGUCACAGUGAAAGUGGUAGCUGCCAAUGACCUCAAAUGGCAGACAGCGGGUAUGUUCCGGCCCUUUGUGGAAGUGACCAUGAUUGGCCCACACCAAAGUGACAAGAAGAGGAAGUUCACAACGAAAUCAAAGAGCAACAACUGGGCUCCCAAGUACAAUGAGACAUUUCACUUCCUCCUGGGAAAUGAAGAGGGACCAGAAGCCUAUGAAUUGCAAAUAUGUGUGAAGGAUUACUGCUUUGCCCGUGAGGAUCGUGUUCUGGGGCUGGCUGUGAUGCCUCUGAGGGAUGUGGCAGCCAAAGGCAGCUGUGCUUGCUGGUGCCCCUUGGGCCGGAAGAUCCACAUGGAUGAGACAGGCAUGACUAUUCUCCGGAUUCUAUCUCAGAGAAGCAAUGACGAAGUGGCUCGAGAGUUUGUGAAGCUCAAAUCGGAGUCUCGUUCCAUAGAAGAGGGGAGCUGAGCACCUGGGUUCCUGUGCCAACCAGAUGGCAUCAGUUCCACAAGUCAUAGCCAGUGAGAGUUACUAUGUAGCCAGCUUGUUGAGAGGCUGACUCCUUCAGUUUAAGGAAAUUAAAGGAAAAAUUUGGGGUGAUAAGAAUAUGGCUUUUCACAGAAAGGGUCAUGAAUCCCUGACCAGCAGGUCUGUGGUGCUAGGAGCUGGGCUGUGGGGGUUACUGCAUAAGGAGGUUUUCCAUAAAGGGAGGGACAGACAUUUAUGAGAGUGUCAGCCAUUCUUGGUAGACACUCCUUCACCCCACACCCCACCUCCACCCCUCUCCAUGCCACAUCUUACCCAGCUAGACCCGUACAUAUCAACCAUUAGAAGAACAAGUUUAGAGAGCUUGGAGCAUGUACCUGGUUAGCUAAAUAGUCAGUUGAGCCUCCAGGUGUUGCUGAGCCCUAAAGUCUGGAUUGGAGUAUGGCCAGGGCAGGAACAUACAGAAUAGAAUUUAGACUCUCCCUUGAGCAGGAUCCACUGGUUUUGUGUGGCUCCAUGAAAACAAGGCUUUGAGACUGAACAAGAUACCUUCUAGAAAUGAGCUGUGCUAAUCUUUUCCCCCAAAUUAUAUGUCAUGAGUAGAAUGAGGUUCACAUGAUACUUCAGAGCCCUGAGCAGAAUAUUCUUUGGAACACAAGCACCAGAGGCCACCUGCUCAGGAGUCCCCCUCCCUCAUUCCUGUAGGAAGGGGAGCAAUGAUAUUUCAGGACAUGAGAGGCUGUUCCUUUGUGUAUGCACCUGAGGGCUAGUUGAAGGAUCCAGAAGAGAGGGCUGUAUUUUCUUCUUGGAUAGGCUCUGAACAAAGCCAAAAAUUGUAGAAACCAGUCUAGAAGGAGUCCUCCUCACCUAUGGCUACUGCCUUCUGGUUGUCCUCUCCUUUAUGGAAAGAAUCUAGUCUUUGGCCUCACUCCCCUUCAUCUAGGUCAGCUGCUGUUCCCCUCACAGAUAUUCAACCCUGCAGAAGGAGCUUGGACUAUGGUCCCUCUGUAUAGGCUGGAUGGAGGCGGCAUCAACAUUCCUCGGGAAGUCAGAGACAAACUCUUUUAGGAGGUUGUAUGGACUUCUCAGGCCCUUGAUCAGAGAUGUGACAUGGUUCUUGGAUAUCCUUGGUAGCAGCCUCCUGGACCUCCUGAGGACUCUGUGUUAUCCACAGCUGUACUGGCCAUUACAUGUAACCAGAAACUAAGCGUCUUUGCUGUUGUUAAUUAUCAUAUGUGCCAUUGUUACAGGACAUUUUUGGCUAGUCUGUAAUAAAUUAUCUUAUAGCAGCCUUUGGGGUUUGGUAAUUCUGUUAAGGUGUGGAAAGCUGUAGAAAUGACUAUCCUGUAUAAUCCUGUAUAACGGUAAAUUUUGUACCUGGCGCUCCACUGCCUUGUCCGCCCAACAAGUGAUGGAACCUAAAGCAGCUCUGGAUAAGCACCAUGCGGUAAAGCAGAUAAUGGGUUAGCAUCUUGGCCUUGACCUGAGACUACCAAUCCAGUUAACAGAGUCAUGGGACCCAAGGUAUCAGCUUCCUGCAGAAAGUCCAGAUGUCAUGUGCUAGUAAGGGUGUGACUCUGGGGAUUGGUAGAAGGCUGAGGCUGUCAUGUACAGGACAGAGGAGUAGUCCUAGGAGUAGAAAUUGGCCUUUCAUUUGGGAAAAUUCAAGGAAGGAAAGCUGGAGUAAAAAGUCUCCUCCUAUAUUGGAAGAAACAAGGUAAAAGUGAGGCCUCUUGGAACGGGCAUCGGAGAAGCUGACACAAGAAAGUGCUUACCUAGUUUCUUAGCCCUUGUGGGGUGGGAGCUGAGUGGGAGCACAAGACAGGAGAUUAACUCCAGCUUUCCAGUUCCUCAUUUCCAUUUGCUUGCUAAAUAAAUCCUUACAAUUAA